AUGUUCACUGUUAUAUUGCUAUCACUUAUCCUUAUAUUAUGGAUGUAUAAUUAUUAUGUGCAACAUGGAAAAACUGGGCGAUUAAUCAAUCUUAUACCAGGACCACCAGCUCAUCCGAUUAGUGGGCAUGUAUCGAAAUACAUAUCACAAUUUAGCUCACGUGUGGCGCUGUGGAAGCUUCUACGUUCAUUAUAUAAAGACAACUAUCCCAUUUUUAAAUUAUGGGCAUUCUCUGUGCCCGUAGUAUACAUCGGUCAUCCGGAUGAUUUAGAGAUAAUAUUAAACAGCACAAUACAUAUAGAAAAGAGUUUCAUGUAUGAUAUUUUGCAUCCCUGGAUCCAUACUGGUCUUCUCACUAGUGGAGGGAUCAAGUGGCAUUCACGACGAAAGAUGUUAACUCCCUCAUUUCAUUUCACUAUAUUGCAGCAGUUUACUGAGAUCUUGAUAGAGGAAGCCGAGAACAUGGCCGAGUCAUUGAAAGAUACAGGGGGCACAGUUGUAAAAGAUUUACUACCAUUUUUCAGUGAACAUACGCUAAAUGCAAUAUGUGAAACUGCUAUGGGCACUUCUAUAAAAAGUCUCGGCGAGUUUCAACAACAGUAUCGACAAGCGGUUCAUCGGAUAGGCGAACUAUUUUUCAGGCAAUGGCUGCAUAACGAUUGGAUAUUUUCGAUGACGACAAAAGGCAGAGAGCAAAAGAGGGUUCUGAGGACGUUACAUGGAUUUACUGAACGA